AUGCGUACAAUGAAAAUGGAAAUUGAUCUCUUUCACGGCGGCGAUCAGAUAGAAAUUGCAAUAGUUCGGGCACCAAAUAUGAGCUUAAAAAUAGAGAGGGAACGAAUAAAUAAAUUGGUUGAAGAAUUCGAAAAUAUCCCUUAUUGUAUAGGCAAAAAUGGGACAGAAUUUUGGUUGAGAGAAUAUAUUAAAUAUGCCGAACAGACGGGGGCUUUUUUAAUUGAAAAUGAUAAUUGGUCGUGGAAUAGGGGUGUUUAUGAAUGGUCGAGACUGUUUGCUUUUUAUAAGUUGUGGUCACAAGAUUUUGUUUGGGAAAAUGAUCAAAUUACACCUACAGAUAAUUGGGAUCCUCUUGAAAUGCGUUCUUUUCGGUAUUUUAAAAAUCAAAAAUUUAAACAUUAUUUUGAAAGUUUUCGAAUCGGAGUUACUAAUUUCAACAAUGCCAAUGACCUUGUUUUGGUAACACAAAUGUUGAGGGAAGUAGCAUCAAAGCAUAAAGACCUUCAAGUUUAUACUUUUCAACAUGGAAGGGCUAUUGCUGAUCAAUUGAACGUUCUUCUGCCUUUCACACUUCGUAAUGAUUUAAUAGCUAUGGCAUGUAUGGUAGUUAUUUCUCUCCUUUGUAUUCCUAAUCCAAUAUGUACAAUUUGGAUUAUGUCAGCUAUGUUCAGCAUUGAAAUAGGUAUUAUAUGA